UUCGGUCGGUGUUUGGCGCAGUCCCGAAACCGUUCAGGCGCUAUAAUCUCACACUCCCCGUUGCUUCUUAAUACUAGCUCUAGCACCCCUGCAUUAGAGGUUGUUUUGGUGUUGUGCUCGGCACUUAGAGCCACCUUUAGCGUAUCACCGAUCUCUAAACACCUAUUGUAA